AUGAAUGGUUUCACCAGUGAGUUAGACAAAGCAUACGUGAAUAAGUAUUCCGACAGAGUCUUUGAUUGGAACGACAGCAAAGAAACGAAAUACUCCGCCGAAAUAUGUUUGAGUAUUUUGCCAACGAUUUACAACAAACUGCAUUACAUGUUUUACAGUUGCUGUAAAAAAUGGAACGAGUGUACUAUCCAGGCGGAAAGCGGUAAAAAGCAUUUGAAAGCUUUCCUCGAAAAAUACGGUUACGAUAUGCCCGAGCUUAUUAACAAGCAGCACACAGGGCAUGACGUCGCAGUUAAAUUGAGUAAAAGCUUUAAAAGUCACAAGGAAUUCAAGAGUCCUCCAAAUAGCAAUCAUCUCAACUACCAAUUAUAUCUUAAUUACGCCAAGGACACUAAGGAUCCCGGCGUGCUUGCAGAGCUUCUCGGCCAUCUCACAACAUACAACAACGUAUGUCACUUAACUAUUCAACCUAAGCCUAGAAUGCCUUGUAGCGUUUUCGAAAUGUUGGUGUGGCUCAACGGUCUCACGUAUAACCGCGUUUAUGAGCGCCUUAUGGAUCACAUUAAAACGUGUUUCCCUAAACCUAAGGGCAAGGAGACGGCGGAAUAUUCCGAUUUGUAUCCGCACCAAUUAUCGUUGGAUGCAUAUCCCUUUAGCGUUACUGCUGAGGACGUGCACUGCGCUGUUCAGCAUAUUUGCUCGAACUCAGCGACCGUGCUCACCACCAUACUCGGAACCGGCAACGCUCUCACUAUAUAUGCCUGCAGGUUCUCGAACAACUCAUUUAAUUUCAAAUACCCUAAUUCGGGAGACGAUUGUUUUCAAACGUUGCUUGAUGUGUUACGUAGAGUGUUUCCCGUUUUCCGAUUCCUGAAUAGUGUCUGUAAGUUGAGUUCUGAACACCACGGCUGGCGUGACUGUCAGUACGGGAGGCUUAUCCGACGGCCAUGUCACCAUGUGACAAGCAAUCAAAUGACCACUCAACCGACCAACCAAAUGGGCAGUCAACGCAUAAACCAAAUGGUCAACCAAACACACAACCAAAUUGUCAACCAACAUCUCCACUAA